AUGACUCAGCUUCCCCAAGGAUUUGGUAUGGAUCAAAAGUCGAUGAUCGCAAAGAUGUUCCAUGGUUGGGGUGCUAAAGGACGUUUCCCCAAGGUAGUAGGACGCCGCGGUGUAAGUAAAGCUUCCUCAAAGAAGAGUGCCGACGUUCAACGCAGCACCAUGGUAGAUGUGACACUCACGGAGUCAGUUAACAGGAGAGAGGAGAUACUUUUGCAUGAUCCGACGGGUAAAACAACAUCAGCUUCAUUGCUAGGAGAGAUCAUCAACGUCAUUGCCCACGAGCUUUCUCAUCAGUGGUUUGGCAACCUUGUCACACCCAAGUGGUGGACAGACCUUUGGCUAAAUGAGGGCUUUGCUACGUAUGUGGGCUAUCUUGGUUCACGAGAGUCAAGAAAGAAUUGGAAAUGGAUGCAGAUGUUUAUCGUGUCCGAAGUCCAAGACGUGAUGAGGGUGGAUUCUUUGGAAAGUUCUCACCCAAUUUACCAAGAAGUCUUCAACCCAGAUCAAAUCGUGGAGAUGUUCGAUGAUAUAUCCUACGGCAAAGGUGAGAUCAACCUGGAAGAAGACCAGGCCAGAGGUUCUGCCAUCAUUUGGAUGAUGAACAACUUCUUGACAGAGGCAACUUUCAAGAAGGGCUUGAUUUCGUAUCUGAAAGACAAGAGCUUUUCCAAUGCGGAAACGGAAGAUUUGUGGAGGUAUUUGGACUUGGCUGCUCAUGAUGACAAAAGUCUGCCUGAUGAUCUUUCAGUCAGUCAAAUCAUGAACGCCUGGACGAGACGCACUGGGUUCCCGGUUGUGACACUGACCAGAGACCCCAAGCACAACACUGCAACUCUUACCCAAGCUCGAUUCUUUUUUCAACAAAGCUCCACGGACCAGAGUUCAGAGCAAUGGUUCAUCCCCAUCAACUUCAACGCUGCCAUUGGCGACUUCAAGAGAACCAGGGCCAGUCAUUGGCUCAGACCAAAUGCUCCUCUUACACUCACUGACAAGGACCUGGCUGCAUCCAGUCUGGAUUCAUGGAUCCCUGAUCCUGCCAAGAAUAACUGGGAGUACAUGAAGACAUUGCUGAAUGGGGGACUUGUGGAAUUUGAAAAGUUGGAAGACAUCAAGCCAGAGUACAUUGAUGAUGCAACACAGCUGUACAAGAAUGUUCUCAUUCAAGCGAGAGCAUGCAAAUACAAUGUUGGCAAGUGCAACAGUGGCGCCAGUGCUCAAUACCAGGAGUGGAUGACCAACUACAAUGAAGCCUUACCUGACAAAGCCAUGUACAAUUCACUUUACUUUUUUCAAGUACACAUUUAUUUUCCAACUUCAUCAUAUGAGUACAUGAAGACAUUGCUGAAUGGGGGACUUGUGGAAUUUGAAAAGUUGGAAGACAUCAAGCCAGAGUACAUUGAUGAUGCAACACAGCUGUACAAGAAUGUUCUCAUUCAAGCGAGAGCAUGCAAAUACAAUGUUGGCAAGUGCAACAGUGGCGCCAGUGCUCAAUACCAGGAGUGGAUGACCAACUACAAUGAAGCCUUACCUGACAAAGCC